AUGGGAGAUGAGUUAGUGGAGUUCAAGAUUGGCAAGGUUGUUUAUUUAUUUAUUUUUUUUUGAUGUUCUAGUCAUCAUUUUACAUUGAAAUUAUAUACAUCCUUUGCUUUCAGGUCGUAUGUGGUCGAUGGAAGGUCAUGGAAAAGCUGGGUGCCGGAGGCUGUGGAGCGGUCUACGAAGUCGCCGAUCCUAAUCGCCUUCGAUACAGAGCUGCAUUAAAGGUAAUUCGAUUUAGACUCUGAUACAUUCGUGUCCAGUGAAAAAUUUUUUUUAUGGGUUACGGUUGAUCUUAGGUCGAGUCGAACAACAUUGAAGACGGGGGAGUGCUGAAGUUGGAAGCCGAAGUUCUGAAGAAGUUGAGUUCCCGGAAGAAGUGUAUUCGCCUUCUGCACGCCGGGAAAAGGAAGUCUUAUUCUUUCAUUGUGAUGACUUUAUGCGGACCUGAUCUGAUGUUUCUCAAGAGGGUUGACACCGACAAAAAGUCCAUGUUCAAGCAUUCUGACAAUCGAUUUUCUGUUGAAACUACAGUCCGCAUUGGAGUCCACGCUCUUUAUGCCAUCAAACAGGUAUAACAAUUAUGAUGAUUGAUAUAAAAGACAGAUUUAGUUAUUAUUACUGUUGUGUAUGGUUUACUGUGGAUUCUUUACAGCUCCACGAGAUUGGCUAUGUCCAUCGUGAUGUCAAGCCGGGCAAUAUGGUGAUCGGAGUCAGCGGGUACGACACCCGGAUUAUCUUCAUGAUCGACUAUGGAAUGGUCAGAUCCUUCAUCAUGCAGGGCCCUGAUGGGAAGUUGACCUUGAGAAAAGCGAGGAACAAGGUCCUUCUUCGAGGAACUCUCCGUUAUUGCUCUCUUCAAGUUCAUGAACGGAAAGAACAGGGUCGAGUGGACGAUCUCUGGUCUCUGAUGUACAUGUUGGUCGAAUUGUUGGUGGGUCUACCAUGGUCCAAGGAGACAGAAGAAUCGCCGUUGAAGGAUAUCAAGAUGAACACUUCGUGCGAGAAGUUGUUUGAGAAAUGCCCGCCGGAGUUCAACAAGAUUACCGAUCACCUCAAGGAGUUGACUUACGAAAAACGUCCUAAUUAUCGAUUGAUUUAUGAUGCUGUAAGUUGAUUUUAGAUGGUUAGACAUCUAGUAAUUGUUAAGUAAAGUAUAAAGUAUUUAAUUUUGUUAUUUUCAGUUCACCUCCGCCAUGAAACGGCUGAAUGUCAACUUCUCCAUGCCCUACGAUUGGGAAGAGAAGGUGGACACUGGGGACUUCUCCGCUUUGAGUAUUACUGAAGGACGGACGGUCAAAAACAAUAAGAAACCAACACGUAAGAACUUAGUUAGAAGGCGCAUAUUUGUCUGAACCAAACUGUUAUGAUUAUAAAAUGUCUUAUUUCAGAUGAAGAAUACGAAUGGAAAUGUUAUCCCACCACCAACCCCAAGGCCUUUGAUGAGAAAAGUUUGGAAAUCUGA